AAUGGAGGACCCUCACUUGGGCCUUGCCUCAUUCUCCAUGUUCGGUUCUCUGGGAGCUGCAGUGCAGGUGGUCAUCAUCUUGUAUCUCAUGGUCUCCUCGGUUGUCGGUUUCUACAGCUCUCCACUCUUCACCGGUUUGCUGCCACGUGCACAGGACACAACCCUCACACAGAUUAUAGGGAACUGUGUUUCUCUUUUAAUACUCAGUUCAGCCUUGCCUGUUUUCUCCCGCACAUUGGGAAUCACAAGGUUUGAUCUGCUUGGAGACUUUGGACGGUAUAACUGGCUUGGCAGUUUCCACAUUGUUUUCCUGUACAACAUGCUUUUUGCUGGACUCACAUCCGCCUGCCUCAUCAACACAGUCACAUGGGCCUUGCAAAGAGAACUCAUCCGUGCCUUUGGUUAGUUGCUUUUUAUUUAUUUAU